AUGGCGGCCGCGUCGCUCGCGGGGCCGGCGACGUCGCUCCGAGCGUCGCCGUCGUCGCCGUCGUCGCGUCGCGCUCGCGUCGCGCUCGGCGUCGCGAGAGAAGAGGGGAAAGUCCUUAAGGAACGGCGUUCACAUCGCGAACGGGGUCGUAUGGGAAGCAGUCUCCUCGCGACGAGGCGGACGAUCGAUCGCGAUCGAUCCGAGGGACGCCCUCAUCGCGUCCUCGCGUCCUCCUCCUCCUCCUCCUCCUCCCCCGACGCGUCCGCGUCCGCGUCCGCGUCCGGGCGCGGCGGCGGCACCCCCGGGUCGUGGAACCUCGGCGUCGCGCACUCGGACGCGAGCGCGAGAACCCAGCGCGAGUACGUCGACGAGCUCUUCAAGGCGUACGCCUCGCUCGUCGCCGCCGCGCGAUCGGGCGACGUCGGCGCGCUCGCGCGCGUCCUCGAGACGGACGCGUACGCCGCGGACGCGCUCGACGCGAGCACGCGGAAGAUCCGCGACGCGCAGCUCGGCGCGGCGGCGAAGGAGGCGUGCGACGCGGGGGAAGGGAAGACGCUCGAGAUGCUGUUCGAGCGCGUCGACCUCCGAACUCCGCCGGACGCCUUCGCGCCGAGCGUCGUGAAUUCGGAGCUGAUGCACCGCGCCGCGCGCGAAGGGCACGACCUCGUCCUCGAGCUGUUGAUCGAGAAGUGCGGCGGCGACGUGAACGCGCGCGAGGAAGAUGGAACGUCAACCGUCACGGUGUUGAUGGCGGCGGCGGCGCGCGGGCGGACCGCGUGCGUCGCGAGGCUCGUCGCCGCCGGCGCGGCGGUGGACGCGACGUGCGACGACUACCGCGAAAAAAACGGCCGCGUUACGAGCGUUACGACGACGACGUACGGCGGCGUGACCGCGGCGAUGCUCGCGGCGACGUACGGCCAUCCCGGGUGUCUGAACGUCCUCAGAGCCGCGGGCGCGGAGAUGGAACGGAGACGGACCCCGGACGGCGCCACCGCGAUGGCGUUGCAUCGCGCGCGCGUGGAGGAGGAUUUGAGGCGGUUCAAGACGCUGACGGAGCGCGACGCGAGCGACGCGCUCGACCGCGUCGUCGCGGCGCCGUCGCAGUAG